AUGGAUAAUUGGGUAUUAGAAAACCUGAUCGGGACAGAGCAUAUUAAGUAUAUACUUACCGGAUAUAUAAAUAAUAACGUAGCUAUGAAAUACCUCGAUUAUUUAAUUAAGUAUUCAAGAGCUAGGCCAGACAAACCUUGGAAAAUCCUUCUCCUAGACGGUUACGAAUUACACGUCUAUAAAUCAUUUUAA